UCGAAUCGUUUCUCUACCGGUCGUGUAGACACCCACCGACGACUAUUUAAACCAAGCGCUUCCUUUAGGAGCCAAUCACACGGCAGUCUGUGGCUGACGCCCCUGCGGUGAGCCAAUCGGAAAGUGCUGUCCGCCGGCCAAUCAGAACGGCGCUAAGUCCCCGGCUCUUGUGCUCUGGAGCGGGUCACUUCCGGGAUGAGUACCGGAAGUUGUGAAUUUGAAUCUAAGCGCCGUUAAAGGAUAACAAAGAGGGAGGAGAGGAGCUGGUGGAAGCGCCUGGGAUAGAUGAUGGGGGAGACGGCUUGUCGGAAAUUUUCCAAAUCCGGUGCUACAGUUAAUUUUGCCUCAAAUGGAAAACAGAAGCUGGAGCAGGGAGAAAAUCCUUCUUGUGCAUUUUGUCGUCGGAAUGAAGACUGCCCUGAAAAAUAUGGUGAGAAGAAAACAUAUAAUGGGAUAACUCUGCAUUACUAUUGUUUAAUUAUGUCAAGUGGCUUGUAUCAACGUGGGGAAGAAAAUGAAGGAAUUUAUGGGUUCCUAGCAGCUGAUAUCAAAAAGGAGAUAAAGAGAGCUUCAAGAAUCAGGUGUCGAGUGUGCAGGAAAUGUGGUGCAUCAAUAGGCUGUGCAGUUGCGAAAUGUCCAAGGAGCUAUCAUUUUCCUUGUGGUGUGGAGAAACAGUGUAUUUUCCAGUUUACUGGAGAAUUUGCAUCUUACUGUUGGGACCACAGACCACAGCAAAAAGUACCCGCUAUAUGGUCAGGUAGUACAUAUACAUGUGCUAUCUGUUUAGAAUCCAUUGAUCCAAAUCCAUCAUAUGAGGUUUUGAAGAGCCCUUGCUGUAAAAACACAUGGUUUCACAGGCAAUGUGUGCAGUAUCAGUCCCUGAGUGCUGGGAUGUUCUUCUUCAAGUGCACUAUAUGCAAUAAUAAAGAUGAAUUCCAGAAAGAGAUGUUACGAAUGGGGAUCCAUGUUCCAGAAAAGGAUGCAUCUUGGGAACUUGAAGAGAAUGCGUUUCAAGAAUUAUUGCAACGUUACCAGCGAUGUGAUGCAAGAAGAUGUCUCUGUAAAAAUGGAAGAGAAUAUGUAGAACCUGACAGUAAAUGGGACAUUGUACUCUGUAAGUACUGUGGCUCCAGCGGGACUCAUUUGGCCUGUUCAUUUUUGGCAAUCUGCAUGGAAAAUUGGGAGUGCCCAGAUUGUAGACAUAUUGUAUACAAAUCAGGGCGACCAGAACUGUACACCGUACUCCAGAAGAGGACUCCCCAGCAUCCUGAAAAACCUCAACAUGACGUUCCAACUCCUGUACUCAAAGAUAAGUUAAGAAAAAGGCUCAACAAAAAGAGAAAAUCACCGAAAAGGAAACUUGCAGAUAAUCAAGGGUCACGGCAUUCUCCUUCUAAAUGCUGUAAAUUAUCGAGUGAAGCUAGGAAAGAGUGCAAAAACUGCCAAAUAUUCACGUCAAAAUCCCAUACAGACAUUUUGAAAGACUUAAGGUCACAAAUCAAAUUGAAUGUCAUCUCAAGAAUUUCUGUUGACAGAACAAAUGUCUGGGAAGGAGCUCUGAGAGAGAUGAGGCGCAAAACAUUCAGCCCCUCCAGCACAAUUUGCAUUCAAUUUUCAAAUGAUGCUAGAAAAUCUCAAGUUGCUAUUGAUCUUGGAAAUCCCUGUUAUGAAUUUUUUUGUUUGCUGAUGCAUCAUCUUGCAAAUUCACUUCUGUUUGAAGGUUCUGCUACCUCAAAGAACAUGACUCUAAAUUCUCGAGCUCUUAGGUGUGAUUGGUAUUAUGAAGCAGGACGGAUGAUUGCAAUCUCAUUAGUUCACGGUGGUCCGUCACCAAACUUCUUCUCCAGAACUCUGUUCAGUUGUCUGGCCUAUGGUCCAGAGGUAACUGAACCAAAUAUGGGAGAUGUCUCACACGUUGAUGUGACACGAAAGAUUAAAAAGAUACAAGAAUCUUCAACCUUGGAAGAAUUGAAAUUAGCUGUCAAGGAAAAUACUGACUACCUUUCAGUAGCUGGAUGUUUGAGAUCAGUAUGGUCAUUGGAUGAUAAGGAAAUGUUGCUGAAGGAUAUGUUGACCUUCCAUGUGAUCAGUCGAGUUCGCUCACCUUUUGAAAGAUUCCGUGAAGGAUUAAAGGUUCUUGGUGUGUUGGAAAACAUUCAAAAAUAUCCAGAAGUGUUUGCUGAGCUGUUAUGUUACAAACCCGUCAAGUUAACAGCAGAGACAUUUGAAAAACUUUUCUCCAUCAACUUUUCACCAAAUGGAAGUAAUAGACGGAUUGCAGAAUCUAGAGUGUUUGAUUUCUGGAGAGAUUAUUUGGCAGAUAUGGAAGAUGGAACAACUGAAGCUGCUUUUGAAGACAUCUUGACAUUUGUAACUGGCACAAACAUCAUUCCAGCAAUCUGUUUUCUUCCUGACCCCUCGAUUAAAUUCUUGCAUAGUGAUGGAAUAAUACAGUACCGCUUUCCAACAGCACAAACAUGUCUAAAUUGUUUAAAACUACCCAUGUCAAAAACAUAUGAAGAAUUUAAAGGAUGUAUGGAUUUUGCUAUCUGCAAUACACCUGGCUUAAAAUGAAUUUAACGCAGUGAAGAUUUUGCAGUCUUGAACGUUAGUAUGUAACAAUUUUCUUUAUGUCUUGGUUCAUAAUGUACAUUUAUUUAGCAAAACCUUGCUGCGACCACAUCUUAUAAAGUGGGAAGAGAUAAUGACUGCUCUUCAGAAAGUUCUUUAUGGCUGGAGAUUCAUAAUUUUACUGCACCAUAUGUAUGAGGAAAGCAGGAACAAAUGAGAACUGCCAUGUAAAUAUGCUUCUCUCUUGGCACAUUGAUGCAAUUCAUUGCGUUAGGAGAGACACAGAUAUGCUUUGGCAUGUUCCAUUAUUUUUUCAUCUUCGUUUCAACAGUGAAUAGGACUGUUUGGAAAGGAAGUUCUAUCUCAGCUUGGAGACGUCUUUGCCUGGCUUGUUACAAAGUGUUGAGGCCUAGUUGCAGUCCCUGUUGUUUUUCUUUGUAAAUAUGGAUAGCAAUGAGAGGAACAUAACAAUAUUUUUUUAAAAUUUUCUUUGUUUCCCCAGGUGGUCUUAUCCAUAAAAAGGGAUUUUGAAUUUUUGUUUUGAUUAGUUAAUGUUAAUGAAGUUAUGAAAUUGCUGAAUUUGUUGAUUAAAUGUUUUUUAAUAGUCUGUUUGCGUAAGAAUUCCACAUGUACAAGGAGUAAAUUUGUCAUGAUAACAGUAUGUAUUAUCAGCACAUGGCUCAAGAAUACACAAUUUUUGGAUACAUUCAAUUGAAUAAUUUCUGAAUUUUUUAAACUUUAGAAUAGAAU